AUGGAGCAAAGCUGCGCGCGCGCAUUCGCUGGGAGAUGGCUCCUUCUCACUCUUGUUCUCCUCUCUAGUUCCAUCCUCACGGUCGACGCGCGCGGCUAUGGCGGGCCCUUCUUUGGCGCCGUUCAACAAGGGCGCCGGCUGCUGCCCACCGGAGCGACUUUUAGGGCGACAUGCCAGUCCGCUGGGGGUAGAGACCGGGCGGAAUUUCCGCCCAGCGGAUCGAAUAAUCAGGCGACAUUCCCGUCCACCGUAGAGAGUAUCAUGGUCGCCGGGACAGGGAACCGGGGGGAAGGGUUCAAUCCCCGGCCGCUCAUUGGCAUCCUGACCAAGCCGGGGAAAGGGAGCCUGGACGAAAAUGGUCAGGAAGAGACAAACACGUCACACAUCGAGGCGUCUUACGUCAAGUGGGUAGAGGCGGGAGGGGCCCGCCCGGUGCCAAUCCUCUUCAACUCGACGGAGGAACAACUGGAGAAGAUCUUUAAACAGAUCAACGGGAUCCUGUUUCCUGGAGGCAGCGCAAACCUGAGCCUCGAGAGCCCCUACAUGAAAAGCGCCCGCAAGCUUUUUAGCCUUACUCUCGACGCCAACAAGCGUGACGACUACUUCCCGCUCCACGGCACCUGCCUGGGCUUCGAGACGCUCAGCGUUAUAGUGUCAGGGCCGGACCUCCGUACUGCCAUCAAAAAGGAGGACAUGCUGGAUGUGUACAGGAUGGUUAUCUACUUUCGGACGUCCGCACGGGAAAAGACGAUGCGGAACGUCAGAGAUUUCGUAACGAACAGUCUUACUCAAUCUUCUACUAAGGAACGUGAGGUGCUGGACCCGUACAAGAUGUUCAACAAGCCGAGCACGCUGCACUUCGUGUCCGAAAAGGCGCGCGAGCGCGCCGUCUUUUCCAAGAUGGACGACGACCUGAAGAACAAGAUCGAGAAGAAGCCGCUCGCCAUGGAGAACCACAAGUUUGCGCUGUCCCCCAAAAAGUUACUGGCAGCAGAGCACAAGCGCCUGAGCCGCUUCUUUUCCGCUCUGACGACCACGAUCGACCAGAACGGAAAGGAGUACGUCAGCACCAUGGAGGCGCGCGAGUACCCCAUCACGGCGACCAUGUGGCACCCAGAAAAGAACACGUUCGAAUGGGCGGUUCCGGACAUCCCGCACUCGGAGGACGCCGUCCGCAUGACCCAAGCAGCAGCCAACUUCUUCGUCAGCGAGGCCCGCAAGAACUUCCACAAGCCGGAGAGCAUCAAAGAGGAGCAGGAUCUGCUGACCUACAACUACUGCCCCAUCUUCGCCGAGAAGCGCGGGGCGGAACACACGCAGAUCUACGUGUUCGAAGACCCCGCCGAAGCAACUAGGAUGGGGGCGUCGGACGUAGCUACUUACUAG